UCUCCCACACCAAUUUCCAACAUCCAUUCCCAUCAUAUAUAUCCUUUUCUUUCUAAGCUACUACUUGUGUUUCAUUAUAUUAUUUCUUUGGUGCAAGCUAGGUAGCUUAGUUUGUUGAGAGAAUUAAGAUGGUGAGUGUUGAAGAUAUCCGAAAGGCACAACGUGCAGAAGGCCCUGCCACUGUCAUGGCUAUUGGCACCGCCACUCCUCCCAACUGUGUCGAUCAGAGUACAUAUCCUGAUUAUUAUUUCCGCAUCACAAACAGUGAGCACAAGACUGAGCUCAAAGAAAAGUUUAAGCGAAUGUGUGAUAAGUCAAUGAUCAAGAAGCGGUACAUGUACUUGAAUGAAGAGAUCCUGAAGGAGAAUCCGAGUGUGUGUGAAUACAUGGCACCUUCAUUGGAUGCAAGGCAAGACAUGGUGGUUGUGGAGGUACCAAAGUUGGGAAAAGAGGCUGCAACUAAGGCAAUCAAGGAAUGGGGUCAACCCAAGUCAAAGAUCACUCAUCUCAUCUUUUGCACCACCAGUGGUGUCGACAUGCCUGGUGCUGACUAUCAGCUCACUAAACUCCUAGGCCUUCGUCCCUCCGUGAAACGUUACAUGAUGUACCAACAAGGUUGCUUUGCCGGUGGCACGGUCCUUCGUUUGGCCAAAGACUUGGCUGAAAACAACAAGGGUGCUCGUGUGCUUGUGGUUUGCUCCGAGAUCACUGCAGUCACAUUCCGUGGCCCAAGUGACACCCAUCUUGAUAGCCUUGUGGGGCAAGCCCUGUUUGGAGAUGGUGCUGCUGCAGUCAUUGUUGGAUCAGACCCUUUGCCAGUUGAAAAGCCUUUCUUUGAGCUUGUGUGGACUGCACAAACAAUCCUUCCGGAUAGUGAAGGGGCUAUUGAUGGUCACCUUCGUGAAGUUGGACUCACAUUCCAUCUCCUCAAGGAUGUUCCUGGACUCAUCUCUAAGAACAUCGAGAAGGCCUUAGUUGAAGCCUUCCAACCCUUGGGAAUCUCUGAUUACAACUCUAUCUUUUGGAUUGCACACCCUGGUGGCCCUGCAAUUUUAGACCAGGUUGAGGCUAAGUUAGGCUUGAAGCCUGAAAAAAUGGAAGCUACUAGACAUGUGCUGAGUGAGUAUGGUAACAUGUCAAGUGCAUGUGUUCUAUUCAUCUUGGAUCAAAUGAGGAAGAAGUCGAUAGAAAAUGGACUCGGCACAACUGGUGAAGGCCUUGAAUGGGGUGUGCUAUUUGGUUUUGGCCCUGGACUCACUGUUGAGACUGUUGUGCUCCGCAGUGUCACUGUCUAAUCAUACUUCGUCAAGACCACAAAUUUUUUAUUUAUGUAUUCUUGCAUUUCAGUUUGAAAAUUGUAUUGUUUUUGCUUUGAUUCCCCCUUCCUCACAUGAUAUUUGUGUACCAGAAAAUAAGAACAUGUCAUGUUAUUAAUGCAAUUAAGCUGACACACAAUUGAUCUAUACAAUCGCAAAUGAAUUGCUUUUGUCCAAUUUCAUCUUCAAUGAAAGAAGUCUGCAAUUGAGUGUAAAAUGGACUAUAAAGCUGUAUAAAUUAGACUAUAAAACUGUCCGGAACCAGGUUUAUAGCCAAUUGUGUUAGGAGUGUUGUGCCAAUUAACAUAGUCCACUUUGGCUUAAAGUUUUCCUUGUGAAGACCACAAAGCUUUAUUUUUUCCUA